UGCCUUUGUUCUAGAUGAUGUACCGGUAAUAUUCGCUAGUAAUGGGGAUGCUCAGAGUGAUUUUGGGGACAGUGACAUUCGUUGUUCCUGUGACUGCAGCCUUCUGUGAUGUUGUUGGGUAUGUUGCCAAGGUAGAAGGAUCAUCAAUGCAGCCUGUUUUGAACCCUGAUGGAAAAGCCUGCACAGACUGGGUGUUUUUGAGUCGAUGGGCUGCCAGGUCAUUUGAGUUUAAACGAGGCGAGGUUGUCUCAUUCAAAUCACCAUCCAACCCAAAACAGAAAUUAAUUAAAAGAAUAAUUGCCCUUGAAGGUGAUACAGUGAGAACUCGGUCGUAUCGACGUUCUGUGCUAAAUGUGCCAACAGGACACUGCUGGGUGGAAGGAGACCACCAUGAAUACAGCAUGGACAGCAACUUCUUUGGACCGGUUGCUCUUGGAAUCAUCAGUGCCAAGGCUUCCCACAUUGUGUGGCCACCAAGACGAUGGCAGAAGCUGGAUGUCAUAGAGACCUGUGAUCGCUUGUAUAAACAUGAAUUCGUGGACACUACAGAGAUUGAUAGUUUGUAGCAGAUAUUAAACUGCUUGUGUGAACAUGAAUUCUUGAACACUUUAAAGAUUGAUAGUUUGUAGCAGAUACUAAACUGUAUGAAUGUGGAUUCUUGGACACUUCAGAGAUGAUGGUUUUUAGCAGAUAUUAAACCGUUUGUGUGAACAUGAAAUCCUGUGUGAACAUGAAAUCCUGGACACCACUGAGAUUGAUAAUUUCUAGCAGAUACUAAACUGUUUAUAUGAACAUAGAUUCUGGGACAUUACAAACAUUGAUAGCAGAUAUUAAACUGCUUGUAUGAACAUGGAUUUUCCAACAUUAAAAUACUUUUGACAAGUUAUCUGGACAUUACAGAUAUCACAGUGUGUAUCAACUAGACAUUAUGAAUGACUGACUUAUGACUGUUUGUGUGAAUUAAGACUGCAUGUGUGAAUCUCAUUUGCUUGAGUUAAUUGAUCUUGUAAUAUAUAUGAAAGAAUGGCUGCUGAUAAGAAUGUGGACUCUUUAAUAUUAGAGAUACAUGUACCAUGUUGAUAGUUUCGGUGUCUUAAGAAUUUAUACUAAUUACUGUAACUUACCUUACAGAUAAAUCUCAUUUAACUGGUAAAUUCUACUAACCAGUCCUGUACAUACAGAAAUUUAAAACUUUAGGUUCAAUAUAAGUAAAACACAGAGCCAUUUCUUUUGAAUAUACCGUAUUUGACCAGAAGUUAGCCCAUGUCUUUUUAACAGCGUUUAAGAAAUUAGGCCCUUAUCUGUAAAUAAGCCCCCCUCCCUCAUCCUCUUAUCACAGUAAAUACAACAAAAAUGCAAAUAUUAAACACAAAUGUAACAUCUUGUACCAUGUUUUGGUGUUUUUCCAUUGACAAAAUUGUGCGGUAUCUGUUCAUACCUGCACACUUUUGAAACCUCCCCUCUCAAGUGCCGAGAGACCCUUGAUUGGUCAACAUUUGUUUACGCCUAUUCUUAAACUUAGCUUUUUCUUUUUUAAGUUCUUGUAACUCAGAAAAGUGAAUCUUUGGCAGUUGUACAUAUACUUGAACAUUUUUCCGUUUCAUUUGCCUUUUGGUUUCCUGUGAAACUAUCUUGUUCAUUAUUUGUAGCAACUUUUCAUCAGAAAUAUUCUUUUCAUCUGUGAACUGAUGAAUUUUCUGAUGAACCACAUCAUUUGCAAGUUCAGUCUGCACACUAUGUAAAAAGAUGGAUUGCAUUAACUUUGGAUUGUAACUCAGUUCAGUGUGAUUUUCUUGUGCUGCAAAUUCCACAUGCUGUCGAAGAUCCAGCGCCUGUAAGAAAAACUCCUACGGAUCCUUUCAGAGACCCUGGGUUAGGUUGCAAAGCUCUUAAUACAACUCUGUUGCUUUUUUGCUUUUUUUUCAUGGAAAUGAGGAUGCAAAAUUCCUCAAAACUGAACAACAGUUAAAUCAGUUCUACCUUCUAAAUAAGUUUUCAGUUUUGUCCCACAAACAGUUGACCGUUACUACCUAUUUUCAAGUCCACUCUCCAUUUGAUGUACCAGGCUACUGAAUGAAAUAUCAUUUUUCCCAUCACUGAUCUGACCCAUUAUCUAAAAUUCUUUCUCAGAAUUGAACACUUUUCGAAAUUUAAACCUUUGUUCUUCCACUUGAUUGUCCAUACUGAUAUCUUCUGACUUAUCUUUGGGCUUUUCCUUGGAACUGUCUUCUUUCAGCAUAUCUUCAAUCAGAAGAACUGCUGUACUGCCACAAUCGUCUUUAGUUAUCUCCCAAGUCAAGAUACUUUUCAAUCAACCAUAUCACAUCCAGUUGACCGAGUGACUGGAUAUCCUUUGUUGAAAGUGAAAGAUUAGUGACCUGAAGAAGCUUCUUGAUUGUGGCGCUGUAGAGUUUUCCGCAUGUACUUCAGUUUUGUCGCUGUCUGGAACUCUGUCUUUUGGACAGUCCAGCCUUCCUGGUUAAGAUUUGGAGAAUACUAACAAGCUAUGAGGCAAUACUGUCUAUCUUGCACGAGUGAAUUGAUGUUGUCCUUCCCUAGCCUUUGCCUUUGGCAAGUGAAGGACAAAUUCAAUUCACUCGUGCAUGAUAAACGGUAUUACCCAGUAGCGAGUUGGGUAUUCUAUUUAUUACCUUUUUCAAUAUUUAUCAUUUUAUGGAAGAUUUUCGAACGAUACUGUUGUUGAAAACAAGUUUGCAAGUUAAGAACAAGAGACAGCGUUGCGUCAUAGCUGUGACGUACAUAUCGCUGAUGAAGUAAAUUAGUUGUUAACAUGACUUGAAAAUUGUAUCUGGUGGAAGAAAUGUUUUUUUCUUUCCCUAGGGAAAGAUCAUUUUUCUUUCCUCACUUCUCCCUGCCCAUAUGGGUAAUAAAUGUUAUCAUGACUGGAUGUGGCAGCUGGCCAAGUAUCCAUUAGAAUGAAGCAUCCAUCCUGGAUGAGCCCCCAAAUUGUUGCCCCAAGGUUCAUUGUGGUGAACUGAAGAAUUGAAGAAAAGAAAAUAAAGAAUAUGAUGGAUGAGAUUCUUUUUAAUCUCUGUACUCUACAACAUGGUGUCGGACAAGAUGGAUGUAGAUGCUCUCAAAAUCUCGAUUGUGUUCAAGCGAAAACAUAUUCUGGGAUCGAGUUCGAGUGAACAUUAUUUAUAAAAAAAUUUAGGGGUGCCUGUUUUUCAUAACAACAUAACCAGAUUACACUACCACAUUGUCAGGGAUAACACUUUCCCACUUAGAGAAGACGUCCAGAACUCUUUUUUUUCCAUAGAAGUGUGGCAGAGUCUGUAUGAAUCUUUAACUGUAUAACUUCUAGGGCCAGAAGAGUUGUCUAAAAUGCCUUUGGCAUAUUGGCCAAUUGAUUUAGAGUAUUUUUUAACAACAAAUUCCCUUUACGCUGAACAUGUGGACAGUGUCAUUCUGCAAGCUUGCACUUUACAUAACUUUUCUUAUCGGAAUCCAGCCAUCACAUUAUACCCCAUCACAUUUGAUUGAUCAUGAAGAUGAAAAUCACAAUUCCAUAAAUGGUCAGCUAAGCAACAUAGUUUGCUUCCAAUGCAACCAACCAGUAGUUGAAAUGUAAGUUGCAAAGCAAAACUACAGCAGUACUCAUUGACAAAAUAAUGCAGUUCUUUUGGUGGUGUGUCCUGGUGAUUGCUUAAUAUGUUGUCUAUAAUCACGUAUGUGAUGAAUACUAUAUGACAGAGAUAAAUGUGUAUCUCAAACUUACAUCAAGAUGAAAAAUGUUGGCCUGAUCGAUAUAAAUGAACUUGGAAAAGAAAGUUUUUCCAGCAACCAGCUAUGCUUUGCUGGUACAUUUUGAUGCCCAAUUCCCCUCAGUGGUGCUUUCUGAGCCUUCCCAAAUUGAGUGCUUAAAUCUUUCUCUUAUCUUCCUUGCUGAAAGCAAGCUUAUUGUUUAUCAUUACACACGUCCAGGCUAUUAACAUGAUCAUCUACAAAUACCUGGGUUUUCUUUUCAAGGAAAUAUUUUGCAAGCUUUGGUGUUGUAUAAAAGGUAUCAUUACACAGCAAUUACCUGCUGACCUCUGUCCCGGGUAUUAACAUGAUCAUCUACAAAUACCUGGGUUUUCUUUUCAAGGAAAUAUUUUGCAAGCUUUGGUGUUGUAUAAAAGGUAUCAUUACACAGCAAUUACCUGCUGACCUCUGUCCCGGGUAUUAACAUGAUCAUCUACAAAUACCUGGGUUUUCUUUUCAAGGAAAUAUUUUGCAAGCUUUGGUGUUGUAUAAAAGGUAUCAUUACACAGCAAUUACCUGCUGACUAUCUGUCCCGGGUAUUAACAUGAUCAUCUACAAAUACCUGGGUUUUCUUUUCAAGGAAAUAUUUAGCAAGUUUUGGUAUUGUAUAAAAAAUAUCUAUGUAUAAAAACAGUAUAGGGAUAUUUUCAGUAACCAGAUAACUAUCGUGAUCUUCUACGUCGGUAUCAAUAUUGCCUGUGUAGAUUAUACUGUCCAAAUUAAUGCCAUUUAAGGUAGAGCGAGUAUACGUGAAAAAGUGUGACCUUUUGGUACGGAUAUACAGUGUGAAUCCCAGUCAUCCCUUGAACAAAAUAAUAGACUUACCAAUGCAAAUGCUGAGCUGCUAACCCAUCAGUGCACCCAUCAACUGAUACAAAGUAUAUAUAUAUAUUUUUUCAAAUCAACAAUAUUAUCCAUGAAAUGAAAAAAAAAAAAAUGGACAUAUUAAUUAAAUUUUUGUCAAUGAAAUAAAAAUAAAAUGUCAAUUUCAACUUUCACAAACCGGAGAACAGGAUGUCGCCCCCUUGCACUUCUUAAGAAGGGCAUUGGACAGCUCUGUAUCAUAGCAUUUUCCUGCCUUGGUCUUCAGAAUCAUCAGGGCCUCCACUGUGUCUGGCCUAUUGAAGAGUGAGAGUCUGUCUAGUUCUUCCUCACAAUACUGAAGAUUCUUUCACAAGUAUCAGGAUAAUCUUUAGCACGAUAGUGGGCAGUGACUUGAACUUUAACUGUCUGAUUCUGAUUUUUCAAAACUCACAUGCCCACACACGAGCACAGCACACCCUGAAAAGUUACCUUAUAUUUUCUUGCCUCUUGUCAGUUCCAAAGAAUGAUCAUUGAAUGGAUUUGUGUUUCAUUAGUGUUUAUCUUAAUAUGCCAAACAAGAAAUCCUCAUUCCAAUUGGCGUAAGUCUUUUUCAUUCCAGUUUGUCGGGGAAAGGCAUUGGGGAUGAUGAAUGAAAGGCAUUGGGGAUGAUGAAUGAAUUUCGAAAUCAUAUGUCAAAUAAGGCUUUGACUUACUUAUAUGCUAAUAUGUACUCAAGAUAAUAUACCCUUCCACAGAUUCUUUUGCAGCACUAUCUAGAUAUCGUUUCUUGUAAUGGAUAUGCUCAGAUAGUGGGAUUUGUUGUCUCUCAAUCGGUGUCUUAAAGGCUGCUUUUCAGUGUGAGAAAGUCAGAGGAUUCCCAAUUAAUAUCCCAGGUUCUGGCGGAAGAAGCUUCUUUAAAUUAAUUUUCUCUGCCAGAAUUUUCUAUCAUGGCAUCAAUCAAACAAACAUGCCAGUGAUUUUAAUGACGUGAACCCAUAAUGUUCAUUACCAUCGCACCACUCGUGUUUCUCUGUUUUCUUUCGGACAAGUGGCUUCUGCUUUCAUCGUCAAGAAGGAAAUAAAAAUGGCAGAAAAUACACACUACAGUAAUUCGGCUAGGAUAUGUUUUUGUUUUGAAGAUUACAAAAGACAGAAAUAAACAGAAAGAAAAAAAUAAUUUAAAACAAACCUAAUAAUAAAAAGUAAAUAACAAAUAAAUAAUAUUUCAUAUUUGAAAAUAAAUUAAUAAUAAUAAGCAAGCAUUGACAGCAGUUUUUUCACAAGCAAUUCCCCCUGUAUUAAAAGUAAUUUGGAACCUUUGGCUAUAACCUGGCUACCAAGUCUGAACUUGUUGCCAACACUAAAGACUGAGAAAAAAAUAAAAAAUGCAAACAUGCCCUCCUCCACAAUUUAUUUUUUUAUUUUAUUUUGUUGGUGAUAGUCAUAAUAAAAUACAGUUGUGCAUCCCCAUUCCAUUGUCAAACGACAUGCCAAAGAAAGGCUUUGACAGAUAGGAUUUGUGCUGAAUCACCGUUUAGCAUAUUUGCUGCAACUGCUGCAGAUUUAAUCACCCACUUGAAUCUUUUUCAGUUUAGUGUCCACCGUAUCGACAUUCCCAAAGAUUGCUCUCUCAGCAAAAUUAAUUCUGGGCAACCGGCCUCGGUGGUGUCGUGGUUAAGCCAUUGGACAUAAGGCUGGUAGGUACUGGGUUCACAGCCCGGUACAGACUCACCCAGAGCGAGUUUUAACGACCACCUCUUCUUUCUCAUUAACCACUAACCCACUGUCCUGGACAGACAGAUCAGAUAAUCCAACAUUAAUUGGAUAUAAGCACAAAAAUAAGUUGAAAUGAAAUGAAUUCUGGGCAGCUGGUAGCGAUUCAUUCAAUCAGAAAUAUAUAUCCGUAAUUUAUCUCAACUUGCACCUUUGGAUUUUUAGCAUGCAUGCAUUAAAUUCAUUAAUUGUAUAGCAGAAUUAUAUACCAUUGUACUCUGUUUUUCUUCUUAUUAAUUUUUGUUUUGCGAUAUUUUUCUUGUGUGGUAGAAAUCAGAGUAGUUGACUUCUUGAGAAUAAUCAUUCAGUUUAUUAGUACUUAUGAUCGUAAAAACAAUGCACAAAAAUAUCUAAAAUGGAUCCAAUGGCAAAGUCUAUCCUUAGUCAACUCUUAGGUGUUACUGGCAUACUUAAACUAAAACUGGCAAACCCUUGGACAUGUGACAUUUAAAGUUGUUUAAAUUUCAUACAGAUUACAUACAUUUUUGAACGGAUGAAACAAAUUACAUAUACAUGUACAUGUAGUCUCAUUUAACAUGCGCUCUUGCGAAUACAAGUUUUCAUCUCCUAGGACACGUUAGUAUGGGACACGUUAGUAUGGGACUGGUUGAUGGAACUAGUUUUAAGAGAUGUCUAUUGCUGCUCUAACAAAUGACAUAUACAUGUACAUGUAGUCUCAUUUAACAUCCGCUCUUGCGAAUACAAGUUUUCAUCUCCUAGGACACGUUAGUAUGGGACACGUUAGUAUGGGACUGGUUGAUGGAACUAGUUUUAAGAGAUGUCUAUUGCUGCUCUAACAAAUGACAUAUACAUGUACAUGUAGUCUCAUUUAACAUCCGCUCUUGCGAAUACAAGUUUUCAUCUCCUAGGACACGUUAGUAUGGGACACGUUAGUAUGGGACUGGUUGAUGGAACUAGUUUUAAGAGAUGUCUAUUGCUGCUCUAACAAAUGACAUUAUUUUCAUGAGAAGGCAGGACAUAGCCCAGUGGUAAAGCGUUUGCUUGAUGUAUAGUCAGUUUAUCAAUCCCCAGUGGUGGGCCCCACUGGGCUAUUUCUUAUUCCAGCCAGUGCACCACGACUGGUAUAUCAAAGGCUGUGGUAUGUGCUAUCCUGUCUUUGGGAUGGUGCAUAUAAAAGAUCCCUUGCUACUAAUGGAAAAAUGUAGCGGAUUUCCUCUCUAAGACUAUGUCAAAAUUACCAAAUGUUUGACAUGCAAUAGCCAAUCAAUGUGCUCUAGUGGUGUUGUUAAACAAAACAAACUUCUUAUUAUUAUUCUUAUGACUCCUGUUAUACCAUAAUGUAUACAACAAAGUCGCAAACAAAUAUAUGUACUAUGUAAUCAAUGAAGACUGCUACAAAAUGUACAAUAAAGUGCAGUGUUUCAGUCUUGAUACCACAUCAUAUAAUUAUAAUUAAUUCUAGAUAAUAACUGUAAUCACUCUGAAAUCCUGUCAACAAUAUGUCAUUAUUAAAAACAUAUAUUGACCUGCCAGUAAAUGGACAUUGGUCAUUUGAGAUCUUCAGUCCAAAAUGUAACAGCAAAUACUGGAGCUUGUGACUUGAGAAAUAAUGUUAAUCUCCAAUAUAUUUUCCUACAAAUGAAAUUUGUACUCCCUGGUAGAUGUUUCCUUCAAGAAUAGAUGUUUUAGUUUUUAUUAUUGAAAUGUUAAUUUUGGUGAAUGUCCUAGUGGCCAAGACUGGAUUGUUUGUACCACUGCCAUGUGAAUCAAAGCAGAUUUUAAAUGCAUUUUAUUUGAUUACGAUUAUUCUUAAAUGAAAAUUGUAUCUGUACAUUUGUCACAUAUUUAAAAAAGAGUUAAAUUAACAUUCGCUGUUUGUUAAUAAAUACAUGUUAUUGUUACAUAUUGAUAAUAAAGUGAUCCUUUUUUUA